AUGAUGCAAAAUUCUUCAACCGAAUACCCCGAAUACUCCGGAUACCACCCUUUUGAAGUCGCAAAUGAUUUUAAUGAUCCGCCAUACGAAAACACUCUCUUAACACACCCACCACUAACUCAACGCAAUGUUUCUCAACAAAAUAAUAACUUUUCUAUGCACCAAAAUCUCCAAAUCUUUUCCAAUUCUUUUAAUGCAUUUGAAGAAAAUAUUAACAGACAACUUAAUGAACUUAAAAGGUUAUUAAAUCAGAUAAGACAAUUUAUUAUCGCGCAACAACCACAACAAACUUCUAUGCCUCGUCGUAUAUACCGAAACCAUGCCCCCAGACCUCAUCCUUAUUUGAAUGAACGUCCUUUAGUUUCUUCUCGUACGCCAACUAUUCGUUAUGCUGCACCAGCGUACCGUCAUACUACCGAACAACUCUCUUCACCGGAUGCUCUUCAUCGUCAACAAACUAACGUUCCUGCUGAGACAACUGAUGAUACUCAGGAUUAUGAGUUUUGGGAAAACUCGUAA